GGUGAGAAAAUAGGCGUUCUGUUUUUAAGUUAAUUUAAGAUUUAUCGUUAAAAAAUGGCACCUAAAAAAACGGUAGCCUCCGAAGAAGGAAUCGCAUCUUCUAAAUCAUCCAAUAAAGAUGAGAAAGUGUCGGAAAAAGCUAAAUCCGAGUCCAGCAAAGCACCUGAUGUGGCAAGGAAAACCCACCUUCAUCCACCAACGAUGAUAAUGGUCAAAGAAGCGCUGAAGGAAUUGGACUCUCGAAAGGGUGUUUCCUCGCAGGCCAUUCGUAGUUAUAUAACAGAGAAAUAUCCAUCUUUGGACCAGGUGAGGUUGAAGUACAUGAUGCGCAAGGCCCUGAACAAAGGAAUCGAGAGCGGGGUAUUAGCGAGGCCACCUAACUCCACUGCAAGCGGCGCACAGGGGAGGUUUCGGCUUGCAGUCAGGGGUAAAUUGAAGGAGCCCAAGCUUAAGGCCACUGAGAACACUGAUCCCAAUGUGGCGAAGGCCUCCAAGGCUGGAGCCAAGAAGACCAAGGAGAAGGAAGCAGUUUCUGAGAGAACUACAGCCAAAAAGGAGAAGACUUCAGAGGAUGCAAAACCCAAGAAGGCUCCUGGUGGCUCCAAGGUGGCCCCUACGAAGAAGCCCAAGGCGACGAGGCCUGCAGUGGAAGGAGGGACUGGGGACCAGCCCAAAGCACUGAAGACUACCAAAGCAGCCAAGAAGGGCGAGGGAGCAGCCAAGAAGGGCGAGGGGGCAGCCAAGAAGGGCGAGGGGGCAGCCAAGAAGGGCGAGGGGGCAGCCAAGAAGGGCGAGGGGGCAGCCAAGAAGGGCGAGGGGGCAGCCAAGAAGGGCGAGGGGGCAGCCAAGAAGGGCGAGGGGGCAGCCAAGAAGGGCGAGGGGGCAGCCAAGAAGGGCGAGGGGGCAGCCAAGAAGGGCGAGGGGGCUCCUGCUGCUAGAACCACAGGGAAACGAGGCAAGAAUGGAGCAGCUGAGUGAUCUCCUUUCAUCCAAAUGAAACUUAACAUGUGUAAAUAUUUACACGUGGUCUGCCACUGCGAGGACGAUCAGCUGUCCGACCUGUAGCGCUGUCUUAGGCGUCUCACAGUACAGACAUUGCAAUUUAUUGCCCUGGCCACAUCUGCAGUCCUCAAUCCUCCUUGCACCAUGCCUAAGGCAUAUUCAUCCAGAUGAGCAGGGACCCUGGGCAUCUUUUUCUUUCAGUCUGUCAAGGCCUCUUUUUGUUAAGUUCUCAUAAUUGUGACCUUAAUUGCCUACCGUCUGUAAGCUGUGCGUGUCUUAACGACCAUUCCACGAUCUGUGACAGUAUUUGGAUUUUUAUGAGUUCUUUGAAAGACUACUGAAGAAAUGUUUCUUUUUUUGCUGAGUUUUACCUCAGCAAAAAAACAAUUGUGGAUUUGUCUCCCCUGGGAAAUUCAAAUCUACCAACGAUUGUUGUAGCUGAUAAUUCAACUUUGACCUGAAACAAUGAUACAAGGCAACGGUGUGCCAUAUGAACACCUGAGCAGCAGGGUAGGCUGGAGUGUUUGUGUUAAUAUAUUCCCCCCUGUGAUAAUUCAUUGCACCCACCUGGUGUCCCAGGUCUAAAUCGGUCCUUAUAGGGCACGGGGGCCCAUUUUAUAUUUUUUUUAA